AUCUACGGUAUAAACAUUAUUAACCUCUAUUGCAUAAUAUAAUUUUUUCUCUUAGAUUCUUCAACAGAAAAUUGCGUUCGAUCUCAACAAGAUUACUGUUGAAAGACGGUAAUGAACAAUAAUGACUUUAUUCAAAUUUCCAUUCAUUCGCAGAAUUAUCAGACGACAUACAAAACCAAUUGAGGAAGAUACGGCUGCUCUUUGGAAGAAAAGACUAGCUGUAGGAUACAUGCUAUUAGCAUGGAAUGCUUUUGGAUUCGUAUGUUAUCAAAUGUAUCAAGGAAAGUUAGACUGGGCGGCAUAUCAUGGAUUAAAAUCGGAAGAAGAGUUACGAAUGACGCCAGCUCAGAGUUGGUCAAGAGCUGCUGGUAUAAAAAAAGCAGAAGUUUAUAAGGUCCGAGGUUUCAACGUAAGCAAAUAUGAAAUAAAUGAGGAAGAAAACGAGAAAUAAAAUGUGUAAACUUUGAAUUGAGAAGUGUAAUAUAGAUUAAAUAGUAUAGCUGAAAUAA